GCGCCCGGCGGGCAGCCGGUGGCCGGCGAGGCCCCUCCCCGAGCCCGCGGCGGAGGAAGCGGAGGCGGCGGCGGCGGCGGCGGCGGCAGCGCGGAGACCUCGCCGCGCUCAUGGCGUCGCCCGGGGCGGAAGUGGAGUUACUGGUCAGAGGACAGCCAGAUUUGGCAGAAGUGGCCCCAGAAAUAAAAGCCCCUGAGAGACCAGCGGCGGUGGCCGGUGCAGACCUGGGAUGGAGAGACAUGGAAGGGGACGACCGUGAGCUCCAGUACGGAGACGGUGCGGACGAGGCGCAGGACGGCGGCUUCCCAGCGGUGGAGAGGAGCCGCCUGCAGGAGCUGCUGUCACUGCUGGGCCUGGAGACUCACCAGGUCCGCAAGCUCGGCCUGCAGGACGCCCUGCAGAUCAGCAGCGACAGCGUGAGGAGCUGGGCUCCCCAGGCUCCCCGGGACCUGCCCUGGAGCUGCCUCAGGAAGCUGCAGGCCCUCAACGCCGAGGCCCGGAGCACCACCGUGGUGCUGGACCUGCCCCCGGACGCCCGGCCCGCGGAGAAGGAGAGCCAGAUGGAGGAGGAGGUCAUCUACUGGGACUCGGCCGACGACAUCUCCGCGGACAUCUACUCCUUCUCAGAGCUGCCCACCCCCGACACGCCCGUGCACCCCCUGGACCUCCUCUGUGCCCUGCUGCUCUCCGCUGACGCCUUCCUGCAGCAGGAGAUCCUGCUGAGGAUGUCCCUCUGCCAGUUCGCGCUCCCGCUGGUCCUGCCCGACUCAGAGAACCACGCCCACACCUUCCUGCUGUGGGCCCUGCGGGGCGUCGUGCGGACGUGCUGGGCACAGCCCCCGAGGGCCGCGGGCAGCCUCUGGGAGGACGGCGUGGUCCUGCCCCGGGCGCCCACCUUCGCCUUUGUGCGCAUGGAGGUCAGCAGCAACUCCAAGUCCCAGCUGCUCAACGCGCUGCUCAGCCCGGGCCACCGGCAGCGCGACUGCUUCUGGCACCGGGACCUGGGCCUGGGCAGCAGUGCCCGGGAGAUUGCGGACGGGCUGGUGGAGAUCUCCUGGUUCCUGCCCAGUGGCCGGGAGGACCUGGACCUCUUCCCGGAGCCUGUGGCCUUUCUGAACCUCCGAGGCGACAUUGGGUCUCACUGGCUGCAGUUCCGGCUCCUGACGGAAGUGUCCUCGGCCGUGUUCAUCCUGACGGACAACGUCGGCGAGAAGGAGUACAGGCUGCUGUCCUCCGUGAAGGGCUCCGCCACCAAGUUCUACUUCAUCCUGAGCCCCUACCGCGGCAAGCGGAACUCGAACCUGCGCUUCCUGAACCGGCUGGUCCCCGUGCUGCGGAUGGACCACUCGCACGUGCUCGUGAAGGUCAGCAGCACGGACGGCACGCGCUUCCUGCGCAGGGUCCGCUCCAUCCUGGCGCAGGUGGCCCGGUCGCCCUGCCGACGGGCGUCGGUGGAGGACAUGGCCCACGCGGCCCGCAGGCUGGGGCUCAGGGUGGACGAGGACUGCGAGGAGUGCCAGCGGGCGAAGGGCCGGAUGGAGCGGAUCACCAGGAGCAUCCGAGACGCGGACGCCUUCCGCCGGGAGGAGCUGAGGCUGCAGGGGGAGCUGUGGCGGAAGGCGGCCCGGGUGGAGAAGGAGCUGUGCCAGGCACAGUGGGCCGGGGACCCUCCGGACAAGCGCCUGGCCGAGCUGAGGCACCGGCUGCUGGACCUCCGCAUGCAGCAGAAUGGCCACGCCCCUGCGGCGGGCCUGCAGGAGUUCAUCGCCGGGGUCAGCUGCCCCUCCCUGGGCGAGAGGCAGUACUUCCUGAGGUGGAUGGAGUGGGGGCUGGCGGGGGCGGCCCAGUCGAGGCCGCGGCCGCCUCUGGAGACUGUUCUGGCGCUGAGGCCGAGGCAGGGUGGGGCCGGGGCCCUCCGAGAGCACCUCUGGCCGGAGCCCCUGGGGGUGGAGCACUUCCUGCGGGAGAUGGCGCAGUUCUACGAGGCGGAGAGCUGCCUGGUGGAGGCGGGGAAGCUGCCAGCCGGCCAGAGGCGGUUUGCCCACUUCCCGGGCCUGGCCCUGGAGCUGCUGGUGCGGGGGCUGCCCCUGGAGCUGAUCGACGGGAGCACGCUGAGCACCCCCCUGCGCUGGGUCACGGGGCUCCUGAAGGAGCUGCACGGGCGCCUGGGGAGGCGGUCGCGGCUGGUGGUGCUGUCGGCGCUGGGCGUGCCGGGCACGGGGAAGUCCACACUCCUCAACACCAUGUUCGGGCUUCGGUUUGCCGCGGGCAGGGGCUGCGGUCCCCGGGGGGCCUUCAUGCAGCUCGUCACCGUGGCCGAGAGCUUCAGCCAGGACCUGGGCUGUGACCACAUCCUGGUGAUAGACUCGGGGGGGCUGAUAGGGGGCGCCCCGGCCACCGCCGGCGAGCGCUUCGAGCUGGAGGCCUCCCUGGCCACCCUGGUCAUGGGGCUGAGCAACGUCUCCGUGGUCAGUCUAGCCGAGACGAGGGACAUCCCACCGGCCGUCGUGCACGCCUUCCUGAGGCUGGAGAAGACGGGGCACACGCCCAACUACCAGUUCGUGUGCCAGAACCUGCACGGCACGUCGGCGGCCGGCCUGAAGCCGCGGGAGAGGAGGCCGCCGCUGGAGCCGCCGGCGGACGGGGGCCGGGCUGCCGCCCCCGGGGACAGGCAGGGGGACGGCCUUCGGACGCUGGCGGCCUUCUGCGACCCCGAGAAGCAGCACGUCUGGCACAUCCCUGGCCUGUGGCACGGGGUGCCCCCCAUGGCCACCGUGAGCCUGGGGUACAGCGAGGCCGUCUUGGAGCUGAAGAGGUGCCUGCUGGAGAACAUCAGGAAUGGCCUGUCGAACCCCAACAAAAACAUCCAGCAGCUCAUCGAGCUGGUCAGACGGCUGUGAGCACCGCUGCUCGGGGGGCGUCCCCCUGGGGCUGGUGCCCUACGCGUGUGAGAAGGCCGAAAAGCGAAGGCGGGGCCUGGGGUUUGCUAAACAGCCUGACCAGCGGAGAGAGGUGGCGGGGAGAGUGGCCCUGGGGCCCGUGCCGACAGAGGCGUGUCCCAGCUCCCUGGACGCCUGGCGGUGCGGCGUCUUCGUGGGCACCUGGAGCAGAGAGGGGCCUCCAUCCCGGCAGCCGGGCGCGUGGGUCCCCAGGAGAGGGGUUGGGAAGGGCCCCAUGGAGCAGAUGGGCUCUCCAGCGCCCGUGGGUCGUGAGUGCCAGCGUGGGGACGCCUGGUUUCCGCCCUCCCCACCCCCACCCUGCUCGCUCUGCCGCACCCCACACCCCCAUCACCUUGUGUGCCCCUCCACCAUGGACGGGGCUCCUGGGGACUGGCCCGAGCCUGCUCCUCCCCUGGACAGCGAGCUCCUGGGGGGGGGGGGCUGUGUGUCACCCCGGGCCUAGCGCACUGCAGGCACUUUAAUAAAGUUUGUGAAACGAGUGAGCACCUGGGUGAGAGUGA